AUGGCCUUGUCCCCCGUUGCCCUCAUCUGCCUCGGGCUGUGUCUGGGGCAGGCGUGGUCGGCUCAGCAGGGGCCCCUCCCCAAGCCCAUUCUCAGGGCCCUGCCAAGCCCCCUGGUCCCCCUGAAGAAGCCAGUGACUCUCCGCUGCCAGGCACCCCCAGACAUGGACGUGUACCGCCUGGAGAAGCUGGGCUCGGCCACCUACAGGGACCAGACAGUCCUGAACAUCUCUGCCAUGACACUGGGCUCGGCCGGCCGCUACCGCUGCUCCUAUCAGAAUGGGACCCACUGGUCACCCUCCAGUGACCAGCUGGAGCUGGUGGCUACUGGUGUGUACGCCAAGCCGGCCCUCUCGGCCCUGCCUGGUGCCACUGUGCCGAGGGGCGGCAAUGUGACGCUGCAGUGCCAGACCAGGCACGGCUUCGACCAGUUCGCCCUGUACAAGGAGGGGGACGCGGCCCCCGUGAAGAAGCUCGACCGCUGGUACCACGCCAACUUCCCGCUGCUGGCAGUGCAGGCCCUGCACAGCGGUGUCUACCGCUGCUACAGCUUCUCCAGCUCGGCUCCGUACCUGUGGUCGGCCCCCAGCAACCCCCUGCAUCUCGUGGUCACAGGGGCCUCUGGGACCACCAGACAGCAGCCCAUGAACGUCCCUUCCCCAGCACCAGCCCCAGCCCCAGCCUCAGAACUCCCAGAAACCGUCAUUGUGCAGAACUUCUCUGUCUUGAACAAAGUCUCCUCAAGCGAGUCUACCAGGAAGACCCCGGAGACCCCCAAAGGACCCCCCACUGCACCAGGCGCCCCCCUGCAGCGCUACUCCACAGGCAACGUGGUCCGGAUGUGCCUGGGGGCGGUGGCCCUGGUCCUGCUGGGCGGGGUCCUGCUGGAGGACUGGCACAGCCGGAGGAAAGCGCUGCUGGCCAGGGCGCUGCACAGGCCACUGCCCCGGCUCCCGCAGGGCCGCGGGGGGGCCGCCACAGUCUCAGGAGCAGGGAUGAAGAGUGGCGACACGGGAGCUUCAGCUGUGACGGGCACGGACACGUGUGAUUCUCCGAAAGGCACUUCUGGGCUGCGGGGCGGGGCCGGGCCCAGAGCUCAGUCCCGGUGACUGGCAGGGAGUGCUAAGGCCCAACGGCCCGGGGGUUAUGGGUCGCCCGCCCCCACUCCCCCAACACGGUGGAUACGGUGGUCGGUAGCCCAGCAGGAAGAGAUCCUGCCUUUGGGCCUGAAAGGGCAGGGGAGGGCACUGCUGCCAGCCCAGCACCUCUGAUGGCCCCUGAGCAGCACCGGGGCAGCCCCAGACAAGUCCAGGUCACAGAUCAGGCGCAGCUCCACCGCGAUGCCAGGCUAAGGGAACCAGGUGCUACUUUUUGUUUGGUUUUGAUUUGGGGCCACACCCAGCAGUGCUCAGGGCUUAGUCUUGGCUCUGCACUCAGGUGCACUCCUGUGGGAUGGCAGGGACCCAACCUAGGCACGAUGCGUGCAGGCCAGCGCCCUCCCCACUGUCCUGUCGCCCCGAGGCAUUAUCUGUACCAACCAUAUCUCUGAAAGUAAAGAUGUAUUUUAAACAAAGCUGUUUAGACAGGCCCAGAGGAGGCACGGGGCUCUGGCUCACGAGCAACCCUAAAAGUGAGCCCUGAGAAUUGUCAGGUGUGAUCCCAAAACCAAAAUAAAAGAAUGAGUUCGACUCUUAGAAGCAGAUUC